GCCAGAACGCAUAACGCGCCAACCGAACCUCGCACCAUCUCCCUCACGACGGCAUAUUGCUACUGCAGACCUCCGCCCGUAAUUCCGCUGCGCUGAAAGACUUGCGCCAUCGAACAACGACGCGAGAGACACGGGCGCUCACUUCGAAACGGCGACAUCACCUCCGACAACGACAACUGAUGAUAGUACGAACACCGCUGCCAGCACUCCGGCGGUGCGGUGCCCACCGCUGCCACCGACAUGCCGGCCCUUCCUGAAGAGACCGCUGAUGCGCCAGGUCUUGCGCCGCCCGAAUACAGCGUCCUCAAGCAGCGUGUGGAUAUCGACAUCGACUUCCCCAACAAAUCGCUGAAGGGCAGCACUGAGAUCACCAUCCAGCCGCUGAUCAAAGACCUGCGCACUAUCAAACUGCACUGCCGACAAUGCAGGCCGACGCAAGUGCAAGCCAGCGGCAUCAACGCCAAGUUCGACUACGACGAUCCGUAUCGACGGACGCGCGUUGGCGACAAGACCACCGUACACCAGCAUGGAAUGCUCAAGUCGAGGAUCCAGAACUCACUUCGACCCAAUCCCGAACCUCAAUUCGCCAUCAUUUUGCCUUCGAGGUUGAAGAUCCAGGAAUUGCGCGUGGACCCCGCAACAGCGCUGCCAAUCUCCGAGUAUGCGGUUGCGGCCCUGAAGCAGGAACAUGACGCUGUCGCGGUGGCGGAUACACCUGUCAUUGAGAGGCUGCAGCAGCAGAUCUCGCAGUUCGCGCCCAUCAAGCUCACCAUCGAGUUUGAGCUGGAUGUGGAUCGAGAAGGCAUUCGUUGGGUGGGCUGCGAUCCCGGCGAUCAGAGAUAUCCUUACCUGUACACGCGGCUUGAGGCAUGGACUGGAAGCACAUCAAGUCUGUUCCCGUGCGUGGAUGAUGCGACAAGUAAAUGCAUUUGGGAACUUGCGAUACGAUGUCCGCGGACACUGGGCGAUGCCUACAGAAAACCAAAAGUGGAAGCGUCGGUGCCAAAUGGACACGUCGAAGAAAAUGGCGACGUGGAGAUGACAAAUGGCGAUGUGGUGAUGACGCAUCCGAAACCGAAGCAGGAGGAUGGAGAAGAGUACCUGAUUGAUAUGGCUGGAACGGAUGCUGCAAUGGAGUUGACUGUGCUGUGUAUUGGCGAUCAGUCGGAAGACACCGCAGAUCCCGAGGACGACACACGACACACAGUCACCUUUACUUCGAGCGACGCUGUUACUGCACGGCAUGUCGGUUUUGCCAUAGGACCCUUCGAGCACGUCGAUCUUACAAACUUUCGUGCAACCGAGGAAGAGGCCAAGCUGGGUCAAACUGCUGUCAAAGUUGACGCUUACUGCUUACCUGGGCGCACUGCAGAAGUGGAGAAUACAUGUUAUCCUGUCUGUCAGGCCGUUGACCACAUUUCCGUUAAUUGCGGACGCUUCCCGUUCUCGACCUAUCAAAUGCUGUUUGUUGAUGAUAUGGUUGACAACACUGCUGGCGCGGCUGGACUCACCAUCUGCAGUACUCGUCUUCUUUUCCCGUCAGAGAUUAUCGAGCCGCUUGAUCGGCACACGCGGAUACUGGUCCGUGCGGUCGCCGAACAAUGGAGUGGCGUCAAUCUUGUGCCCAAGGAAUCUUCAGACGCGUGGGUGACUGCCGGUAUCAGCGGGUUUUUAACCGAUGUGUUUAUGAAGAAGCUUGCCGGCAACAAUCAAUAUAGAUGGGAACAGAAGCUCGCGGCCGAAAAGGUGUACGACCUCGAUGUCGACCGUCCAUCCAUGGCGCAGCUGGGCUCCUUACUUCAUCUGGAUCCUGCUAUACGAGAUUUCUUAAACCUGAAGUCAGCAGUAGUACUUGGUAUCCUCGAUCGCCGGCUGAUCAAGGCCAGCGGCUCAACAGGCGUGCUACGUAUCAUCAACAAGAUCUUCCUCAACGCCAAGACGGGCGCUCUCAGUAACGGCGAACUUUCAACGGCUGACUUCCAGCGUACCUGUGAGAAGUUGGGUCACAACAAGCUCGAGUCUUUUUUCCGCCAAUGGGUCUGGGGGUCCGGGUGUCCCAUAUUCUAUGUUCAGCAGCGCUUCAACAAGAAAAAGCUCGUUGUAGAGAUGACCAUCUUUCAGAGACAGCUCGAGCGGCAAACGAAACCCGCUUUCGAGGCUUCGAACUUCAUGCGCGAAGUCAAGGAACACAUUCAGGAAGUGUGGGCGCCAGAAGUGCAACCGGUAUUUACAGGACCCAUGACCAUCAGAAUCCAUGAAGCCGACGGCACUCCCUAUGAACACAUUGUCGAGAUCAAGGAGCCGAUCACGAAGCUGGAAAUUCCAUACAACACGAAGUACAAGCGAUUGAAGCGAAGUCGACUCCAGAAGAACAGGGCUGAAGCGGCCAAUGGCCAGCUCAACGACGAAGAUGGUCAGAGCGCGUUACUGUAUUGCUUAGGUGACAUCUUGGCAACCAACGAAGACAAGGAAGAAUGGAAGCUAGUGGACUGGUCUGCUGAGGACGAAGAGAAAAUGAAUCAAGAAUCUUAUGAAUGGAUACGUAUGGAUGCCGAUUUUGAGUGGAUCGGGAAGAUUCAUCUGGUCAUGCCGCUGUACAUGUACAUCUCACAGCUGCAGCAAGAUCGGGACAUCGCGGCACAGUACGAGUCGAUGCGAUACCUGCUUGCCUCGAACCCUCAUCACGUUUCGCUCAGUAUUCUUUUGCGAACGUUGAUGGAUGAGCGAUAUUUCCACGGCAUUCGAGUCAUGGCUGCGGAGGGCUUGGCCAAGCUCGCCAAAGACAAGCUCAUGGACAUUGGUAAGCAUCAGCUGAUCAAGGCAUUCGAAUGGUUCUUUUGCGAGACGGAAGGUAAUGGACCUGUCAUGCCCAGGCCCAAUGACUUCUCCAGCAGAAUCACCCUCAUCAUGCAAUGCGCCAUACCGGAAGCUAUGGCAAAGCUGCGAGACGAGGAUGGAAAGGUGCCUAUGGAUGUACGAGAGCUGUUCCAAGCUCUUCUUACCCAUAACGAUAACGCCAAUCCCGACAUCUCUGACUGCCAUUACGUGGCCACGCUCAUGAAUUGCUUGGCAGACUCUUUGGUGGCAUCCAAGUGGGACGGCGGCAAGAAGAAGGAAGUUGUUGCACCUGAACCAGAAGUACCACAGUCUUACACCUUCGAAUUUGGCGAAGACGAGGAGGAUACUGGCAUGAUGGAUGCUGGUGGGCCAGUCAAAGACCUCAUUGACUUUGACGAAGAGCCUGUUGACCCAGACGCGCCAUUCACGAAAAGCGCAAUUGAUGCCAUCGAGCGGCAUCGACGACUGGACGAAUACGUCGUAACCUAUCAGAACCUCUACUCGGUCACUGCAAUUAAAUGUCUCCAAAAGCUCAUCAAAGCAGGCGUCGUGAAGGACAAGACGGUGGAACUGAUGCAGUACACCAGCCACAGCACAGCAGACAAUGUUCGGCUGGAAGCUUUCCGAUGUAUGAACGAAAUAGGUCUUACGAGGAAGCCAGCUGUGAUGAAACACCUGCUGCAUUCUUUGUCUGAUGACCAAUCUCCCUACUUUCGCGACCGCUUGACUCGGCACUUUGGCGAAGCUCUCGGCCACGUCGCUCUCGGCGACGAUGAGCCUGAACAGCCAGCACCUGGUCCCAUUAACGAUGGCGGCUUGAUACUGGAGGAGGCUCAGAGCAAUGAAACGAGACGUAUCGAGGCGACCAGAAAAAGCACGCCCGAAGGUGCUAUCGCUGCCCUGAAACUAGCAUUCGCCGAUGAUGAGACAUUCAAAUCCGCUCUUUGGUACGCAGCAACGUCGCCGUACUUCACGCUCGACGAGGUUGCGGCUUUUUGCGAUGUUGCAGAUCUGAUGUUCGAUGCCGUCACCUCAUUAGCAUUGACAAUCAAAUAUCCUCUGCCGUGGAAAGUCGAGCACACCGGCAAGGGCAAGUUGCGCUUCUACACUCAUGGCAAGCAAUACCGAACGACGCCGGCCAAGAGUAUUGGUCUUUCUUGGGACGCGUAUCAAGACUUGGAAGAUUAUGGCCUAAGAUAUACGGGCCCACUCUCCGCGGAGACGAAGAAGGAACUCAACAACAGAGAACAAGCGAAAACCCUCAAAAUCAAAAUCGCACGACUGGAGCGAGAGCAAAGAGAGCGUGAGAGUAUGGAAGCGACAAUUGCUUUGCAACAGCAAGCCUCCUACAUCAUGCCGCCUCCUGCUUCAAUCCCUCCUACGCCCAUAGACCACAAGUCUGGCUUCAAGCUAAGUCUCGGUGGUCUGAAGCGCAAGGCUAGUGUCGACAUUGGCGCUGCAUCGCGUGAAGCCAGUCCCAAGGUCGUCAAGGUCAACAAAUCUUCCACUCCAGGCGGAGGAGCAACGCCUACGAUCAAGAGACGUGGCUCCACAUCUAGCAAAGCCGGGAAGAAGGGCGCUGGCUCUCCUGUGAUUCUCCAUCUUGGUAUUGCCAACUCUAGAAGAGCUUCAGACAUCGUAUCGAAACCUCCUACACCCGGAAGAUAUCCCAGCGGUCAACCACCUGCGAAGAAGAUCGUACCCGUCAAAGGUGUCGCGCACAGUCGACAGAACUCCAUCUCCAUUGCUGCUGGAGGACCGUCUCCUGGACCUGCUGCGUGGAGCCCCGUACCGCCCAGUCUGACCUCACCGGGUGGAGGCGUGAAUAUGAAUGUUGGCGGGUUUAGAAGUUUCGGAGAAUCUGCUGCUGCUGCCGGCCUCGGCAGCGGAGGCGGUCUCAGCAUGUCUCCCCCGCCCGCCUUGUCGACUUUUCGCUCCUUGUCGGGCGGCAGUGGCGAAAUCGCUACUUCUGGCGUUGUGAGCACUGGGUUCAGAAGUCUGAGCGGAGAGGCUCCUAGUAUCAGUCCGCCUGCACUUGCCUCACCCAGUGGUCUUGGGCCUGUAAAUAGUCAGACGAAGCCUUCGCCGGGCGGGAGUACAGUGAAGAGUCUGACGAGCGAGCCGCCAAAGAAGAAGUUCAAGCUCAAGUUGGGGGUGAAGCCGAAGGCUGAACCGCCUUCGCCAUCUGGGUAGAAAUUCGGACGGGCACUCUUCGGAUGAUGGUAGAAGGUCAGAGUCAUGAUCCAUUUUAACAUGAUAGUGACACCGCGUUGGACCACGCAAAGGCACAGUGCUCCUACGCUGGAUCAUCAAGCUGAGGCGACGCUUGCUUGGCGUGGCGAUAAGUCAAGUGACACAAGGUAGAUGCAACUAUGUAUAUGUUCAUGCAGCUCUCCAGAUUUGCUGAUACCUAUACCUUCUCUUUGCCUGCCCUUUCAGUACAAGCGGUGCCCAUCAGCCAUCCAGAUCUCGACUCGAGCUUAGAAUAUUGUCAGAGGUUCGAUCAGUCCAGUAGCCUCUGUUAGAUGAUGUACUCAUAAGCCUUGUGCAAAGGUGACAUGCCCCAUGAUUAUUGCGUUACUCCCGUCAUUGAGUUCAGGGCAUUGUAGAGUUCCGAAGGGGGGCUCUCAUCGCGCGAACCCACUGUGGAUAUGAGCCAAAUGUUGCGAUUCCAGUAGAUAUGGCUUUUCACAAUUUGGCAUUGAUCAUUUCGUUCUCUUAGCAUUGGAGCAUCCCUUCGUCGUCGUCGAUGCCUUGGGAUGGUCGUACACGGCGAUUGAUCUACUCCCUUGCGUCCCAGGCAUGCCAAAUUUCAUUCUUAUGCAGAUGCGGCUGACAAGGUGCGAACCCUGGUGGUACUUUAACUUUUGGCUUUCUUUGGUCAUCAUGAUCGUGACUCAUGCUCGAGCUCACUUUAGCAGGACACAUGGAAGUUGAGCGCGAACCAGGCUCUCGUGAAGGAUAUCCAUAAGUACAGCAACCAGAUACCAUGCUUGGGAAUGUACAAGUGGACUCUUCGGGGCCAUGAGAGGACAUUAUGAUGGUCAUGUCGGCUUCUGAAUCUGCGCUUUCUGCCUCUCUUCAUCAGACCACAGAACAUCGAUCUUGUCAGGCACAUGACCCGUCAGACCUGUAUCUCCCUUUGCCUGCCCCUUCAACAUGAGCUUGACAGUGCCUGCUUUGGUCUUGUCCAACAGUCCUACACCCGCGCCCGUCUUCUUGUCCAUCAACCACCGUUCUGCGCCAAUCGAGACAUCAUACUCUUCCCUGAUGGGAUUCCCCAUCACGUUGCAGAGGAAGCUGGGCACGUAUAAAACAUUGCGCAGGACGACUUUCGAGUUCUUGGGGCCUUUGUUCCUCUUUGCAGCUUCGCCGUAGAGUUUGCGCACUUCGAGCUCCACGGACCCAAUGCCCUCGACUGGUGAUGAGGAGUCGCCGACACUGCUGCUGAUGUGGGAGGUCAGUGGUCGGAAGUCUGUGAACCAGUCGCGGUGGUUGGCGACGUGGACGUUGGAUUCGAAAGACCAGACCCAGUCGAUGUUGUACGCUGCGCCUGCAGGUGGCAUUUUG